UCGUGUGCAGUGGAAUCCCCCUCUCCGGCAAUUCCCCAACAGGUCAAACCGGGAACUUCUUUGCUGGACCAAGGGAGUAGUUGACUGUGAGUGGAUAAUGAAUUGGAUGUAAUUCAAGCUAAAUGAUUGCCCAUUAGUACGCUGCAUUUAGUUAGUGGUGUAUCCAGGAAUUCAAGUAGACUUCCCCUCUUCCCCAUGGGUUCUUGCCUUCUUCCAUUGUUCCUAAACAUCUGGGGUGCCCUAUGUUUUUCAUACCAUAUUUGAUUCCCAGUAAUUUAAGCGAGCAAGAAACGAUGAAGCCUGCAGCGGUCUACAGCUUAAGAUCAAGAACAAUUUACGGAUCUAAAAGCAGGCCUAAAAGGCAACCUGUUAAGCAUCCUGGAGGUCUUGGUCCGCCGCCUCUUGAGUUGACUCCAAAGCAACUAGAAGCCAUCAAGGCGAUGAGCCGGAGGAUUGCUGAGCUUGGACUUGAAUACUACAAUACCAACAGUGCUCUCUAUGGUGGGGAUGGUGCUACCUAUGAGCUAGUGGAAACAAGGGAAUGCACCUCAUUCAUGAAUCGCACGACACUAAUUCUGAAGGCCCAUUCCAACUUUACUGCCAAGCCCGUGCACUCAAAUGGACCCAUCAUGCUCUUCUUUACUGAACUCUCAUGUGCAGAUCUAUCAAAGAAACCUUUUGUAGCGACUAACACUACUGUUCAGAGCUGCUACAUGCUUGGCCGUGAUGGUGAAGUUAAUACAGGUUCUAAUGGUUGCAUUUCCUGUGAUCGGCCAAGUCUUCAUCACCCUCUUAAUAAUGACUUUGAUGUUGGUGAUCAUCGGAUUCAUUACCUCUAAUAAGCCCAUCGUUAAUUAGUGUAUGGUGGCUGCUGCUAUUACUCAAUAGGCGCUUUUCGCCUUAACUAUGACAUUCUCAGUUAUCAUCAUGUACUCGAAUUAGCUUAAAACUGUUCAUCAUGUACUCUAUCCAUUGUGGUAAAUGCACCAAGCUUAAAGUGUUCCUGCCACUCCCUAUUUGUUAUUCUUCUUUAACUAUUGUAUUUGUACUUGUCUUUUUAUUGCAACUUGGUUAUACAUUUCCAAUGAAUGACAACUCUGAAAUGGAGAAUUGCAGAGAAA